UUUCCCUGCAUCAGUCACACACCUCUGGUCAUACCUGGGAGCCCUGACAGGGGCGAACUGACCUUUUGGAAACUCGGGCACUGCCGAGGGCCUGGGGACAGUAGGGGGCCCCAUGAGCUGCCCCUAGUACCUUUUUCAUAGGCUUUUUUGAGUUUGGGCAAGGACACAGGGGCCCGGGGCCCCUACCCGAGGGCCCGGGGUAAGUAGGGGGCCCCAUGAAAUGCCCCUGGUAACUUUCAUAGGCUUUUUUGGGUGUGGUUUGAGUGUGGGCGAGGACACAGGGGCCCCAU